AUGCUGCUCACAGCUUUGAUCAGCUCCUUGACCAUUAUUUUCUCGCUAACACCAGGCUAUGGUUGUGUGGAAAUCAGGGGUCAUGAUGUUCCGUCUCAUUCAAGACCUUACAUGGCAUCCAUCCAGGUUAACAGAAAGCAUAAAUGUGGAGGAGCAUUGAUCAAACCUGCCUGGGUACUGACUGCGGCACACUGCGCUGAUGGCAAGGCUAAGCUGAAUUCCGUGGUUCUUGGAAUUGAUUCACUUCGUGAGAAUACGAAAGUUAAACAAGUGUUUAAGAUCAAAAAGGAAUUCCCACACCCAUGCUUUGAUAGAAAUACCAAGGAAAAUGACAUUAUGCUGCUCCAGCUUAAAUCUAAAGCAAAGCUUAAUAGUUUUGUAAAAUUCUUGCCGUUGCCUGAAUCUGGAGAUGAUGUCAAAGUUGGAACCAUGUGUAAUGUUACUGGUUGGGGGAGUACAGCAGCUGGAAACUCUCAACCCUCUGAUAUGCUGCAGGAAGUGAACAUAACUAUCAUAGACAGGAAAAAGUGUUCAGAAUAUUACAAAAAUAAUUGCCAAAUAACUGAUGAUAUGCUAUGUGCUGGUGAUAAACGAGGAGGAAAAGAUGCCUGUCAGGGAGAUUCAGGUGGUCCACUGAUAUGCAAGGGAGUGUUCAGAGGAAUCGUUUCUUUCGGAGAUGAUUGCGGAAAACCUGAAGUACCUGGUGUUUACACACGACUUUCCAAAAAGUACCUUUCCUGGAUUAAUAGCAGAAUCAAAGCAUCCAGCAAUACUGAGAUCUAUGACAAGGCUAAGCUGGAUUCCGUGGUUCUUGGAAUUGAUUCACUUUGUGAGAAUACGAAAGCUAAACAAGUGUUUGAGAUCAAAAAGGAAUUCCCACACCCAUGCUUUGAUAGAAAUACCACGGAAAAUGACAUUAUGCUGCUCCAGCUGGACCGAGCAGUAGAUAUAAACAAGUUUGUGUACAUCUUACGCUUGCCUAAACGUUACUCAGAUUUGAAAGCUGGCACUCACUGCACUGUCGCAGAUGCUUGUUUUUUAUUUCAGGGGGACUCAGGUGGCCCGCUCAUAUGUAACAAUAAGUACAGCGGAAUCACUUCUUUUGGUGAGGGAUGUGGAAAUGCCAAAUAUCCCGGCAUUUACACAGCACUGACCAAUAAAUAUCUUGACUGGAUUAAGGAGAUAACAGCUCCAAUCUCACAACCUGAUUACUAG